UUGCAUAAAGGUAUCCCAUGUAAACUCUGCGCGGAUUUCGUGGAAGCCCUGAAGCCUGAUAAUCUAACAUAUCCAGUCUUCUAGGUGCCAAAGGGCUCAGUCUGAAGGGUGGACGCGGGCCCCACUUGGUGGUUGUGUCAUGGUAGAGGGGCUUCACGGGGAGCGGGGGAGUCAACACUGACCAAAAUUCUAAACAGCCGAGUCCUGACGAAGUUUGGUCGACCUUUGAUACUAAGUACAGUCAUAUCAUUCAUCGACUUGGAUCGGAUCUGCAUACGGUAUUCAAGAUGCGGUCUGGAAACGGAAUGUGGUUGUGCCUUGUCACCCUGUCACUUCUUACACUGAAUAGUUCCUGUGUAAGUGUUGGUCCUCCUCCAACCGAACCGUCAUUUCUGGCUUCUACUGCAGCUGACGACUACUACUACGACUAUUACAGUUACUAUGGCAACGACUACUCUGGAUCCGGAUACUCUACGUACACCUAUGACUACGGUACCGAUGAACCAUGUCACAGCUGGCAGGACAAAAUACAAGAACUUCAUUAUGAACGUGCCGUUAAUACUGAAUUCAUCAUCAUUACGUGCCCUUACCAUGAAUGCUGGGAGUUCGACACGACCACGUGGUACAAGGAGGGGGUCAGGUACAAGUGGAAGAACACGGAGCUGAUCCAGCAGACAGGAGACAAGAGAGAGAAGCUGGACUUCAGGAAAGUGUACCGCGAUGACGCGGGAAACUACACGUGCGAGAUGACCAACGGGACACACACGUACACUGCUAAGAUCCAGCUCACAACCAGAGACCCUGAGUCCAUGACUGCUCCCAUCAUGCAGCCCAUCACCCCAACGAUAGCCUACCGACAUCCUGCCGACAACGCCACCUUCCUCUGUCAGGCCAACUUUGGAGUGGUGGGGCCAGCACACUUCCCGCAACUUUACUGGACAAAAAACAACACCUUCGUCGACUCAUCGAAGAUGAUCUUACAUCGAAGGAUAGAGAAAGACGGUAGUUUGAACAUGAACAACACCCUAUCGCUCACCGAUGUGAGAGAGGAUGAUUUUGGUGAGUACAUCUGCAUCGCGCACACAACAUUCGGAUGGGCACAGGAGAACGCAACGCUCGUGAACGGAGACCCACCCGUGGAUUCCAGGACAGGAUCUUCCACCACGCCCACCCUGCGGCCAUCUCGUGCCCGCUGUGUUCCUCCUGAUGGUGGCUGUACUCGUCGUGCUCUACAAAACAUGGGAGCUGGAGAUACAGCUCAUGUGGAAGGACUACUUCGCACAGUUCGAGGAUGAUGACUAUAAAAUCUGUAACAAGAUUAGAGAAGACUACACGUUUGACUUGGACCAGCUCCAGGGGACACACUUCAGUUUUGAGGUCCGCGCUUCCCGAGACGUCCGGAUCGCGCUGUCCAAUCAGAACGCGCCGACCCCCGACAUGUUCGAGAUUGUGAUUGGUGGAGAAUGGAACGCCAGAUCUCUGGUUCGGAAACAAGGCUCCCUCCUGAUGAUGGUGGUCACACAGGACAUCCUGUCUCCCAAGGAGUGGCGCCGAUUCUGGGUCACCUUCAUGGACGGCACUUUGGAGGUUGGUCGCCAGGGGGUACUGGAGCCUUUCCUAC